AUGGCUGACGAAAAGCAGAAGCAUCUCGUAUUCUCCAUUCUCGAGUUUCUCCAGACCUCCAUUAACAAUGGCACCAUUAAGUCCGAUGAUGCUGAGGGUGUCGAGGUCGCCAUUCAGUGUAUUGGAGAGGCCUUUGGAGUUGAUUUGAACGAUUCUGCUCAAGCGCAAACCUACAGCACCAAACCCGCUACACUCAUGUCUAUUUUUGAGGUGUUCGUGAAUGCCCAGAAAAAGCUUGGAAACAAGGUACGGCACAAGAGAAUAUAG